CCCAUUUCCAUGACAACGGCAAAAAACAAAGUUUGUUUAUUUGCAUUUUCCGAAAAGUCAAACGUGUCAUAGUUUCCGAGUUUUCAAAAAAUACUUUGAAAAGUUUCUCUCAAUGGAAACCGGUGAGGAAAUGUUCGCUAAGCGAUACACCAACAAGGAACAAGAAGACUUGACCCGAACCAACAUCGUCAUAAAUGUGCGUCCUCAGCCGAAAAAAGAACUGUAUCACUUGAUGCAACCGUAUCCAAAAAUCGGUUAUAACCAGAAACCGUGUGACGAACCGAUCGAUUUGACCCAAAACGCCAAACGAACCAUCAAGACUGAAAAACUUGAACCUCCGACCAAAGUCGUGGUUAAAUCACGCGGACGCCGCUCCAGGAUUUAUACGCAUCAUAACCUUCCGGACCCCAACCAGCGUCAGGCGUUUUUCACUGACGUGAUAGAACUGCAAGCGACCGAGACCAAGCAAGCGGAGAUUCUCAAAGCCGCCAAGUCGCUUUUUUCGAAACGGACCAGGACUUUGUACCAUUGGAUGUACCCAAACACGCCCAAACAACAAAUUAAGAUGGCCGUGGCCAACUCGUGGGAUAAUCUCGGAGUGCAGGAAAAACAGUUUUACAUAUCGCAAGUUUUGGUGCGGUUUGGGUUCCCCCAGUGUAAUUUAAUGGUAAAUCCACAAUUGGGUGGGAUUAAAGAAUUACCACCAUUGCCCGACUCCAUGGAUGGCAAUUACGCAGCAAAAGAACUACAAACCGCAAUUUCAAGCAUUUCUGAAGCUGGUUCAAGUGAAGGGAAACGGCGGCAAGGGAGACCCCCUGGCAGCAAGAACAAGAAGAACAAAAAUGAACUAAUUACGUAUAAAAUCGCCAAGGAUUUUCAGGAUGAUCCCGAACUGAGCAAAGAACUGGAAAAGUUCGCCGUUUCGUUCGAUUGUUUCAAAUAAUUACUUUCGUGUUGUUUGUUGGAAAUAAAAGUCGAGUUGUUUUAAAAAA